UAUUAAUUAUGUUUUUUUAAAUAGAAUUGUAGAUUUUUCAAUGAAUACUACACUUUUUUUAUUAUUUUUUUAAAAUUAAAUAUCAAUAUAAUUCGAAAAAUUAACUUAAAAAAUAAUUAAAUAUUUAAUUUUUUAAUUAAAAUGACGUACUUCCGCCUUCUUUCAAAAGAUGUAUUCCCUUGUGUGACAAAUUAAAAUAUAUAGUGUGCUGUAAUUAUAUUGUGAUCAUUUGUAGUAAUAAUUUAUAAACUAAGAAUCAUUUCAAUUAAAUAGCUUCCAAAAAUAUGUAGUAUAAUAUGCUUAUAAUAUGCAUAUAAUACGCUUAAUUUUUUCUUCUUUCUAGAACGAAAAAUAUUUAUAAUUGAUAAGAAAUUUUAAUUUUACUUUUUGAAUAUCUAUGAAUAUCAUGUAUAUUGAUUUGUCUACUUUUGUUAACAAUUAUUAUUUCACUAUGAAAUUUUAUUUCACUAUAUUAAAAUGAAUAAUGAAAUCUUUAAAAUUGUAUAAUAUAGUAAUGAAAAAAUAUUGCUAAUGACAACUAACAAGUUUCAGAGUGAGAAAUAUCUUAUAUUCCCUUCAUAAUAAGUUUUUUUUAUUUUUUCUGAUAAAAUAGUAAUAAAUAUAAAGAUAAUUGAUUAUUUUGAUGUGGAUUGUUUUUAUUAGAAUGAUUCAUUACGAAUGUAGACAAGGUUUAUAUCCAUCUAGCAAUAUAAAACGUUUCGAAGUACCAGAAAAUAAAGUAGCAUGGAAUGUCGAAUUCCCAGAAUACAAACCAAUUGAAUAUACUGCUGCACUUGUUAAAGGAAAACCUUGGGCAGAUCCAGAAAUUGGAGAAAUUUCAUUUAAACCCAAGUGGAAUUCUAUUGAUGGAAAAGUGAAUCGUAAAAGUUAUACAAAUGAUUAUAAUAUAAAUAAAAAUGGUUAUCCUUUAAAUCCUAUUGGUCGUACUGGUAUUUUUGGACGUGGUCUUUUAGGACGAUGGGGACCAAAUCAUGCAGCAGAUCCAAUUGUAACACGUUGGAAAUCGAAUGUUUCAGGAAGUACAGAAAUAAACAAAGAUACAAAAAAACCAAUUUUGCAGUUAGUUGCCAUACAAAGACAUGAUUCUGGAAAAUGGGCUAUUCCUGGUGGAAUGAUUGAUCCAGGUGAGACAGUUUCAACAACUUUAAAAAGAGAAUUCAUGGAAGAAGCUAUGAGUUUCUUAGAAAAAAGUCAAGCAGAAAAAGAAGAAUUAGAAAAAUGUAUCAGAAAAUUAUUUGAAAGAGGAGAAGAAAUUUAUAAAGGAUAUGUAGAUGAUCCUAGAAAUACAGAUAAUGCUUGGAUAGAAACUGUAGCUGUAAAUUUUCAUGAUAAUGAUAAUAGUCUUUCCAAAAACAUAACAUUAAAAGCUGGUGAUGAUGCACGCAAUGUAAAAUGGGUAGACAUUGAUAAAAAUUUAAAAUUAUAUGCUAGUCAUAGUGAAUUUAUUAAAAAAACAGUGUCAAAACAUAAUGCACACUGGUAAAAAUUUUGAAAUUUUAAAUAAAAAUGAUUACUUAAUAAAA